AUGGCCCCACACAUAAUGCGAGCCAAACAAAUGAACUACGCGCCGAUUGACUCUCCCUUAUUGCAUGCGACUGGAGGCGGGAUGAGGACGCCAGGAGUGGCGCAACUGAGGGAAGCGUUUGAUGUGACGUAUGCGGUGCACCGGAUGGAGGAAGAAGGUGCGCGAAGGGCGCGGUUUGGCGGGGCUGGCAAUGCGGGCGUCUUGCAUGGCUUGAACGAGGAAGAGGAGGAAGAGGAAGAGGAAGAGGAAGGAGGGCAGGGGCAAAGUAAGAAGAAGGCCUCGGUUGGAUCGACCAAGGAUGUCCACAAGUAUCAGGCCUGGGGCGGCGGUGGCGGGGCGGACCGAGACUUGGCGCAGGCGGCACUCUAUUCCGGCCAAGCCGGCACACGCGACCGUGGGAACGCGCAUCGCCAUCAUCAUCAUCAGGACCCCGCCGCGGCAUCCGGAAGUGCGGCUACCCAACGUUCCAAAAAAUCCGCCGCUCAUUCUUCGACCCAUCAUCAUCGUCAGACCGGCUUCGAACUCAAUAUCGAUCAGGCUACGUUGUUGGGCAGACGCAAUAAGCUACCUACGCCGGUCGAUUGAAGAUCG